AUGAGUGCUGCUCCUGCUGCUGCCUUUCCCUGCAAAACUGUUCUUGCCAGUACUAUCGCGAAACCUUUUGUUCAAGAAGUAAAGGAUGGUGUUACUUCUCUUGGUAGAUCUCCUAAACUAGUUGGUUUCCUGGCGAACACUGAUCCCGCUGCUCGAAUGUAUGCCGACUGGACUGCCAAAACCUCGACAGAUUUGGGUUUUACUUAUGAGCUUCGUCAAGUCGACAAGGAUGACCUGGAAGAAUCAAUCAUUGCUGCCAACGAUGACGACGAUGUCGAUGGUAUCAUGGUUUACUUCCCUGUUUUUGGAGGUGGCCAAGACCAAUAUCUUCAGCAAGUCGUAUCUCCUGAAAAAGAUGUCGAGGGCUUAAGCCAUAUUUACAUUCAAAAUAUGUAUCAUAACACUCGCUUUCUCGAUAAGGCUGAGACCCAGAAGAGUAUUCUUCCUUGCACUCCGCUAGCUAUGGUCAAGAUUCUUGAGUAUUUGGGUGUUUACAAUACCCUUAUUCCUUACGGAAACAGACUUUAUGGUAAAACAGUAACAAUUGUUAAUCGAAGUGAGAUUGUUGGCCGUCCUCUUGCUGCCCUUUUGGCAAACGAUGGUGCUACCGUUUAUUCCGUUGAUAUCACCGGAACACAAAAGUUCACUCGUGGUCAAGGUCUUAAGUUUAAGCGUCACCAGGUUGCUGAUGUUGAUAUUCCUCUUUCGGAGGCUGUUUCUCACUCAGACGUUGUCGUUACAGGUGUCCCCAGCCCCUCUUACAAAUUCCCUGUUGAGUACCUUAAAGAUGGUGCUGUUUGCAUCAACUUUUCCAGUGAGAAAAACUUUGAUCCCAACGUUAAGGAGCAUGCUUCUCUUUAUGUCCCUUCCAUAGGAAAGGUUACCAUCUCUAUGCUUCUCAGAAAUCUUCUUAGACUGAUUGAGAACAAAAAACAGAGAGAAAUCAAAUAG